GUUUGCAUUUUAACCCUUGCAAUGGGUUGCUUCGGGAGUAAAUCGGACCAGCCUCCUCAGCCGGUCACAGUGAGGUCUGCUACCGACGUCUUUUGGCUGGUGUUGUAUGUCGUAUUCUGGAUCGCUUUGAUCGUAAUAGCUAUAUUUUCCUUCAUCUACGGAAAUCCGCUUCGUAUCAUCAAUGGAUAUGAUUCAUUCGGUAACACCUGUGGAGUUCGCAGCAAUGACAAAUUUUCCAAUUUUCCUUUGUCUGGGAUGAACACGGAGGACAAGCCGUAUCUGUUCUUCUUAGAUAUCAAAGAGCUGCGCCACACGCUGAAAAUUUGCGUGAAGGAGUGCCCCCAGCGAGAAAUCGUAAACGCCGCCGAGUUGUACCGAUACUACGCGGACCGCAACGCCAAGUACUGCCGAUACGACUUCAACAUGAGCAUGCUUCAAACCCAGGAAGCCAAUGGGGCAAAGUAUUUUGAUUUUAACGGACCCUGUCCCCCCUUUCCGGUAUAUCAGUCGGCCCCAGUACUGCACCGGUGCAUCCCAACCGGAGUGAAUGCGCCGCUGCAACACGUUAAAAAAAUGUACGCACUCAUCAACUCCUGGGAAGCCACACAGCAGAUAUUUAGCGACUUGUACAAGGCCUGGCCAACGAUCGUGCUCGUUUGUGCGCUCAGUUUGGUCUUUUCGAUCGUCAUGAUCGCGCUACUGCAUUGGCUGGCGGCGAUCGUUUCCUGGCUGAUUUGCAUCAUCGUCAUCGUGGCCAGCAUCGGCAUUACCGGAGUACUGUGGUGGAGCUAUUACAAGACAAAGCACACGCUAGACACUGAUAAGCAGUUAUCCUACUUAGAAGAGCUAGUGCGCAAUGAAACGACAAUCUAUGUGCUCGCGAUCGCAGCCACCUGCAUUAUGAUCAUCCUUCUCGUGAUCGUGUACUACCUUCGCGAAAAGCUUACCGGACUUGCGGCCCUGUUCGAGGAAGCCGGCAAGUGUAUGCUUCAGCUGCCAGGGCUGGCCGGACCACCGCUGCUAGCGUUCCUAGCACUGGCCAUAUUUCUUGCCUUCUGGGUAGUUGUGGUCGUGUGCCUGGCGACGGCCAACUAUCCUGGAGUGAAACCUUUGCUCCCAUUGGCCCAACUCGAGGAUAGCACUUCCGUCGCGAAUGAUCCAAAGCUGCGGCCCGAGUUGGCUGGAAAAAACGAUACCAACUUUAAAUCCUUCAAGCUGGUCGAGUAUCACGACGUCAACGUUCUGCAGCACAUGCUCUGGAUCUACAUCAUUGGGCUCAUCUGGACCAGCGAGUUUAUAUUUGCCUGCCAACAGUUGGCCAUUGCCGGAGCAGUUGCCUUUUGGUACUUCAGAAAGCCCACCGAUGCGCCGGUACUGCUCGCGAUCGCCAAGUUGGUUAAGUACCAUCUCGGAUCCGUUGCGAAGGGCUCGUUGAUUAUAACCAUCUUUAAGAUUCCUCGUUUGAUUCUAACGUACCUUUAUGCUAAAUUGAAACGCCAUCAGCAGGAAGGAUCUGAAUGUGCAAGUUGCUGCCUGCGUUGUUGCAUUUGUAGCUUCUGGUUAUUGGAGAAGUUCAUUCGCUAUCUUAACCACAAUGCGUACACUGUCAUCGCUAUCGAAGGUGUUAACUUUUGUCCGGCCGCUAAGAUUGCCUGGAAUGCGCUUGUUACGAAUGCUCUGCAAGUGGCCACCAUUAACGGGAUUGGCGAUUUUGUGCUGUUCCUCGGUAAACUGGCCGUGGCGGCCAUAUGCGGGUUGAUUAGUAUCCUUCUACUACGGGACAACCCAAACCUGCACUUCUACAUGGCGCCGGUCAUCAUUAUAACCGUGUUUGCGUUCUUCAUCGCCCACAUCAUCCUGUCGCUGUACGAAAUGGUAGUGGACACGCUAUUCCUUUGCGUGUGUGAAGAUCGCACCAUCAACGGCAACAGUGGCCGCUGGAAGGAAAGCAAUCUCGCUCGACUGUUGGGUGAAGCACCGGAAUUGGACGCCGUAGAAGCACCGAUGCAGGAGGUGCAGCUAACACCCAUCACGAAGCAGCCAUUUUCGGCACAAUUCUUGCAGGCUGAGAUGGAAAACAGCAAGGCUUAAAUUGGAUCGGUUAGCAUGUGCAUUUGAGGAGAAAUCCUUCUAUCAGCAUGAAAUUAACAAAUGCUUAAACAAGCUAAGUAUGGUCAGUGGUACUAGAGAAAGCUGUUUUAAGUCUCUAGUGCUCUUCAAUGUCUUAUAUACGCACAGGCGUACAAAAAUCAUAUAAUCUUUUCAUCUUGAAUUUUUACGUGGAGAGCCCAUCAUGGAAAAUCUCACUCUCUUGUCGCUCACAUUAUAACAUUGGUGCAUACCAUGUGAGAUAAUCUUAUUCGAAGUAUUGUCGUGCUCUUGCAUGCAGCCAUCUGUUUGCAAAAUUUUUCUAUUUAUAUCAUUGAUUAGGAACUUUUACUUUUACAAAUAAUAAGAUCUGGUGUGUGCAAUCGACCACAUAUAACAUACCGACCAGAUUCAUCAUUGAUUCAUCUCGAUAACCUACAAACAAAUGCUCAACCACCAAAGGGACGACAGAUUUACUGUUUCUUAAGCCACCAGAAAGGCAUAAUGUUCUUCGUAGUUUUUACGGCGUGCUUCCGACGAUUGUGAACCAUAGAGAAGCGUAAUUUUUGUCCCUGCUAGUGAACGUAACUAAGAUUUUUGUUCGCAUUUUAAAAUGCGAACCUAUUUACAAAUUACCGCAUUUUGCAGAGUUAAUAUUGACUGUUGUUUGUUUUUUUCUUUCGAAACAUUAGCGUUUUGUAUUACCGUUUUUUAAAGUCUAUACAAUAGUUAUAGUGUAUACAAUGCCUCAAGAGAAAUAUACACAAAGAAAUAAAUUUGUAUACCGCUACACGAACUAAAACUACGCACAGAAAUAAAGAUU